CUCUGCGUUGCCACGCGGGGAGCGCGCUCUCCGGCCCGGCCGCGGCAUGCGCGCGCUGCUCGGCUUGCUCCUGGUAUUCGGAGGCUGCACCUUCGCGCUAUACCUGCUCUCCACGAGACUGCCCUUGGGGCCGAGGCUGGGGUCGGACGGGGAGCCCGAAGGCCGGUCACUGUGGUUCCCCUCUGAUCUAGCAGAGCUGCGGGAGCUCUCCGAGGUCCUCAGAGAGUACCGGAAAGAGCACCAGGCUUACGUGCUUCUGCUCUUCUGCAGCGCCUACCUCUACAAACAGGGCUUUGCCAUCCCUGGCUCCAGCUUCCUGAAUGUCUUGGCUGGUGCCUUGUUCGGGCCAUGGCUGGGACUUUUGCUGUGCUGUGUGCUGACAUCUGUGGGCGCCACGGGCUGCUACCUGCUUUCCAGUAUUUUCGGCAAACAGCUGGUCAUCUCCUACUUUCCUGAUAAAGUGGCCCUGCUGCAGAGGAAGGUGGAGGAGAACAGAAACAGCCUGUUCUUCUUCCUGCUGUUUCUCAGACUCUUCCCCAUGACACCAAACUGGUUCUUGAACCUCUCGGCCCCGAUUCUGAACAUCCCCAUUGUGCAGUUUUUCUUCUCAGUGCUUAUCGGUUUGAUCCCAUACAAUUUCAUCUGCGUGCAGACGGGCUCCAUCCUGUCCACCCUCACCUCUCUGGAUGCCCUCUUCUCCUGGGAGACUGUCUUGAAGCUGUUGGCCAUUGCCCUGGUCGCUUUGGUUCCUGGAACGCUCAUCAAAAAAUUUAGCCAGAAGCACCUGGUACUGAGUGAAGCGGGCAACACUGGCUGUCUGGACAGCAGGAAGGACGUGUAACGUGGGUUCUGUGUUUACAGGGCCCCGGACUGUGCUGCUGGUCCUUUUAAUGUCCUCAUUGUGUUUUAAUUUCCCUCAAAAGAUGAGGUGGACAGCGCUCUAGUGUGCGCAGAGGUCUGUUAGAAGGAUGUUCUGUCCUGUUCAGCGGGUUCUAUGAAAUGGACUGCUCUCUAGAAAAUCUAUUCAGUAUCUGUCAAGCUUGCCUCUUGCGGGUCCCUGAGAUGUCUUGAGAGAAGAUACAGGUGGUCUUUUUGUACAGGCUGUGUGACAGGCGCGCUCCUGCUAACACCCUGCAGAUGUCACCCUGUCCUCUGUAACUCUGUUGAAGAAUUGUCCUCUCCACCUUUCUGCUGAUCUACCUCUUCAUAAGCCAAGGGAAACAUGAGGGGCUGCCUAGGUUGUACACGCAGCGUUAAGUGCAAUGACUCCUGCAGGACUCCCGUUCACGGACACUUCUAUCUGUGUUUAAGCUCCUUGUCCCGAUUGUUAGGCUGAUUCAAACAAGAGUAAAUAUGAAUGGAAGCCA